AUGAGUAUCUUGAGCUUCAUGAUGACUCCUUCGCAGUAUGGUAUGAACUAUUACGGCUCGUCUCAAACAUCCUACUCGCCUGGCUACGCACCUCAGCAAUCCUAUGCAGAACCAAGGUCUUCCGCUUCUGGUCCAUACGGCUCAUCCUACUCUUCAAGUCCGGCCCUGAAUGGAAACCAACAAAGGAGAUCUGACCAGCACACUGUUCUACCGCCCUACCAGCCUCAGCACCCGUCACUCCCGCGGAGCCGGUAUCAACACCAACAGUCUUCAGAUCCAAUGCGAGCAAACACAACAUCCAUGGCUUCUACCGCGCACUCAUACACCUACCCAGCACCGGAUAACAAUGUCCCCAAUCAAUCUUUGGGAAGCAAUACCUACCCACCAUCGCAACUUCAUCCCCCAACCUCUUAUGAUGUUGGCGAUUAUCACCCAUUACCAACCAUGUAUCCACCGACAAGCACAACACCUGCUGCAUACCCAUCCUACGAAUCGGGACAGAGCGCUGCACCAUCUAGCGCUUCAAUCCUCUUUUCGGUUACAGCCGCUCUGUGCAUCACUUGCUGUUACUAUGGCUCCGGGCAGCUCGCUCGUGAUCUAUCUAUCUUGACAAUGGCGAAAGGAAUCAAACUGUUUUACGUUGCGGAAUACUUCUAUGCCGUCAGCGCUAUGUUUAUCAAGAUCAGCGUUGCAGUUACGCUUCUGCGUAUCGCCGCUGCUCAUCCGCAGUUUAUAUGGGCUUUAUGGGCACUCAUAGGUGCUACCGCCAUUGCCGCUCUCGUCUUCUGUAUUGGCAUUGCGAAUGUGUGCCAUCCAAUCAAUGCCUUGUGGGGUAAAUCCGAUGGCACCUGUAACCUCCAGCUGAACACCGACGUCAGCUUGUUUUUCUCAGCCAUUGAGAUCAUAACCGACUUCAGCCUCUCCAUCAUGCCCGCCAUUUUGCUGCGGAAUGUACAGAUGAAGAGCAAAGUGAAGGUUUCGGUUGCUGUAAUGCUUGCACUCGCUUCUCUUGCGUCCUGUGCAACCAUCGUUCGGCUGAAGUAUCUCACGCUCUACAGCGACCCUGGCGAUUUUAUCUAUGGCACUGGUAAAAUCGGCUUCUGGUCCUUGACGGAAGAGGGCAUCGGUAUUAUCGCUGGCUCCUUGCCUGCGCUUCGCCCUCUUCUCUCCCUUCGCAUUAAAUUUACCACAAGCUCCAGCAUCCCUGCAGCAACGGGCAGCGCCCAUCCUCCUAUCCCCAACGGAAGGCAGACCUUGCCGCGCUCUGGCGUCAUGAUAAUGAGCUCUCUUCCAACGUUGCGGGACAACGAUGAGGACGAUCAUAGCGAUGGCGAUAGCCAGAGGAACAUCAUAAAGGAGACUACGUACACGGUUACUUCAAGGGAAGUUGCUGUAACUGGAGGGGAUAGAAAGCAGGGCCAAGUGAUGAGGUGGGAUUAUAUAGACUCUAGCCGGGUCUGA